GCUGCUUUUCUCACUAGAGUGACAAGCAUUUCUACUGUGGCCGUUUUGGCCGACGUGAAUUUAUUUGGAGUUAUUUAUUAAAUAUUAAAUAGUUGCAACAAGAAGAAAAGAAUAAUUAUUUUGUUGGUAUUGAAUAAAUUAUCCUGAGUGUAAAAAUGACGCUCACAUUGAAGAUGGAUGUUGAUGACAAAGCGAUGAAAGGGGAAGGAUUCAGGUCCUAUUAUAUUACUAAGAUAGAAGAACUACAACUAAUUGUUGCUGAAAAGAGUCAAAAUUUACGAAGAUUACAGGCCCAGCGUAAUGAGCUUAAUGCUAAAGUUCGAAUGCUUCGAGAAGAACUCCAACUUCUUCAAGAGCAAGGAUCUUAUGUUGGUGAAGUUGUAAAACCCAUGGAUAAAAAAAAAGUAUUAGUAAAAGUUCAUCCCGAAGGCAAAUUUGUUGUAGACUUAGAUAAAAACAUUGACAUCAAUGAUGUAACUCCAAAUUCCAGAGUAGCUUUGAGAAAUGAAAGUUAUACUUUACAUAAAAUUUUGCCCAACAAAGUUGAUCCUCUAGUUUCUCUUAUGAUGGUCGAAAAAGUUCCUGAUUCUACAUAUGAAAUGGUUGGGGGUUUGGAUAAACAAAUUAAGGAAAUUAAAGAAGUAAUCGAAUUACCAGUCAAACAUCCUGAAUUAUUUGAUGCUCUUGGAAUCGCUCAGCCAAAAGGAGUGCUCUUAUAUGGACCUCCUGGAACUGGAAAGACUUUAUUAGCAAGAGCUGUAGCACAUCAUACAGAAUGUACUUUUAUUAGAGUAUCUGGAUCAGAAUUAGUCCAGAAAUUCAUUGGAGAAGGAUCACGUAUGGUACGAGAAUUAUUCGUCAUGGCAAGAGAGCAUGCCCCGUCUAUUAUUUUCAUGGAUGAGAUUGAUUCAAUUGGAAGUUCUCGUAUUGAAUCUGGUUCUGGUGGUGACAGUGAAGUUCAACGUACAAUGUUAGAAUUAUUGAAUCAACUUGAUGGUUUUGAAGCUACAAAAAAUAUUAAAGUAAUAAUGGCUACGAAUCGAAUUGAUAUUCUUGAUCCUGCUCUCUUACGUCCUGGUCGAAUUGAUCGUAAAAUUGAAUUCCCUCCACCAAAUGAAGAAGCUAGACUUGAUAUCUUAAAAAUUCAUUCGAGAAAAAUGAAUUUAACUCGAGGUAUUAAUCUGAGAAAAAUCGCUGAACUUAUGCCUGGUGCCUCGGGCGCUGAAGUUAAGGGAGUAUGUACUGAAGCUGGAAUGUAUGCAUUGCGAGAACGUAGAGUUCAUGUUAAUCAAGAAGAUUUUGAGAUGGCAGUAGCUAAAGUAAUGCAGAAAGAUUCUGAAAAGAAUAUGUCUAUCAAGAAAUUAUGGAAAUAACUUUGUAUUAUUUGUAUUAUCAUUCUAACAAAUUUAUCUAUCGUUCUAGAAUUUUGUGACAAAAAAAUAA